AUGAAGGAACUUUUAUCCGCGGCGAUUGAUGUGGCGGAAGAAGGGGGGAGAGAACUGGUGAGAAUUCAGAAGUCGGGGAGAUUGAAGACGGUGGAGAAGAGUGGAAAGAAUGAUUUGGUUACGGCGGGAGAUCAUGCUUCGCACAAGAUUAUGUUUUACGGGCUCAAGGGGGCUUUUCCAGGACUGGCCGUGAUUUCUGAGGAAGGAGAUGCGCCAGAAUCUACAUCAUCUGUUUUCUCACCUAAAUUAUCGAACAAGAAGCUGGAGCGAAUUCUAGUGUCGGACGAACUGAUUCCCAUUGAAGACCUCACCGUCUGGAUUGACCCACUUGAUGCGACAAAAGAAUAUACUGAAGGCCUGACGGAAUAUGUCACGACAAUGGUCGGAUUCGCCGUCGAUGGAGAAGCAGUUGGUGGUGUUGUUCACUUUCCGUUUACUGGAGAGACUGUUUGGGGAUGGCAAGAACAUGGGAAUAAUAUUUUGGAUCAGUCGGAAAAUGCGCCGAGAAAUUCUGUUCUAGUCUCUAGAUCUCAUACAGGCCAAGCGGAAGAACAAUCGAAAAAGCACCUUGGGUCGAACGCAAAAAUAAUCAAAGCUGGUGGCGCUGGGUUUAAGGCCAUUUCCAUCUUCCAUGGCCGCGGAGAGGCUUACUUUCACUCUGGAAAGAUCAAGAAAUGGGACAUUUGCGCAGUUGAAGGCAUCAUCAAAUCCACAUGCUACGGAAAAUUCACCAAUUUGAAGGGUAAAACUAUCGAUUACAGUGCCGAAUCAGGAGCAGUUAAUUAUGAUGGGCUCAUCACAUCGUUACAUCAUCAUGAAAGAUUUUUGAAGGCUUUUUCAAACUUAGAAAAACACGACCAACUCUGA